AUGCAGCGGCCAAAGCCCAGUCGCAAAAAAGGUCAACCUGGACCUUCAACUUCUGAUGUAAAAUUACCUAAAAUAGCGAAAAUAAAAAUGCCUGAUGAUUUUAAAAUAAGAACUCAACCCCUUUUCUCACUACCUGAAGAAGUUUUAAAGUUACCUCCGCCGAAAAACAAAGCUGCUAGGAUUCAAGCAUCUAAGUCUGUUCCAAGGAGGAGAUCAAGUGUCAUGCAGAGUUUCACUGCUAUGAGAAAAGCAAGAGAAGAGUUUAGGGCUAAAUUGAUGAAAUUAAUUUGUCAAUCGGCUCCGGGAGAGGACGGUGAUGCCAUUCCUUCUGGGGAAGAAAAGGAUAUGUUGAGAUACUAUUACUAUCUACGAUAUGGUAUUGACACGAUACACGUAGCUCCCUUGGACAACAAAAUAAUAUUACGAGUCCACGAUUUAAUAUCAAUAAAGUUGAAGAAAUGGAAGGAAUGCCUGUUCACGUGCACGGAUGAAAUGCGUGAGGAUUUUAUGAUGAGUAUGAAGAAGGCUAUCGUUGAUUUUGUUUUGAAAGAUCCGAAUACGGAAGAGUCUUUGGAAGAAGAGGAUACUCCAUUGAAGCGUGAACUAGCUAUGAAAGACGACGCAUGGAGGAACCGUUAUGUAGUGGCGAGGAAGUACCUGACCUCCUGGCUGUACAGCGUCAAUCCUUGUAUCGCGCAGGUGCUGCAAAUUUGGUGGAAGCAGUAUAAUGACCUACGACUAAUUAGUAUGCGUGACAUCAUGAUGACCCACGAAUCGUAUGAAUUGCAAGACUUCUGCUUCGUCUGUAAGAGGCACAUUGAUGCUGCCGGUACAGUCCUCAACUUGCAGUGGCUACCCUCAUUACAGGCAGUGUUUAUGCAGGGUAGUAAAAAGAAGCAAAUACCAGAACCAAAGCAGGUCUCAAGGAUGAAGCACUUCUACAAUUGUCUGGCCUGCAUUAUGACGUUCAAUCUUCAGACUUUAUGCUUAAAAUCUAUGGCGGAAUAUACGGAGUAUAUUUUGGAUGUUGGCGACAUGAAUCAAGGAUUCGUAAUAAAUUUAAUUUUUAAAGAUGACGCCAUCGAAUUUGAACCCACUUUCAAACAGUUUCGAGAUCAACUCUGUCUCUUGUAUGACUUUAUAAUAGACGCCUGCAGACAAACGCCAAGAUUAGAGACAAUAUUGUAUCAGGAUUAUAUAAUAACAAACAGAAUGACUCUUAGGCCUAUAAUAGAUAAUGAUCUUGUUGAGGGAUACAAGAAACAAAUUGCAGAUUUAAUAAAUGAACAGAGAAUUGGUCCUGAACUAAGAGUGCAAGAUUUUGAUAACUAUAUAUGUUUGCUUAAUGGAGAAUCGAUGUCCCAAGUUGAGGAAUUUAUUAAUGCUGUGCCUGAAAAGACAUUUGAAGAGUUUUGUGAGGAGUCUGUGAAGUACGUUAAUGUGGCGAAGGAAAUACCUUCCAAAUUAGAGGGAACCAUAGUCAUAGGCAUGUUCAGAAUGCAGAGAGGAGACUUGAUAAAUUCAUUGCGAGGCGCUGCCACGAGACUUGCUAAUACCUUACUAAGAAGAAUGACAGAAGAUUACCAAAACAUGAUUAAGACAAUCUACGAUGAAUAUUCUCUGAUCGCCACAACACUACUCACUUCUCCGCCGGACACGGCCGCACUAAUGGAUCUUAUCGAGUACUGCAAGAAGGCAGAACAGGUUCUUUUAGAAGAAAUGGAAGAUAAAUUACGAAAUGUCAUGAGAUACAUCAUCUUCCUCGGUGACUAUACCAUCUUCACGCCUCUGGAAAUGAAGGCCAACAAUCAAUCGUUUCAUUGGUACGCUCGUCUUCCCGGCGUCAUUGAAGAGUGCAAAGUGAUCUGUGAACAGAAGAAGACUGAGUAUCAAGAGUUGCUACAAGUGCGAAUCGCUCAGUUUAUCGACGAUCUGGAUAUUUAUGAAACUCAGUGCAAUGAAGUGCAAUAUUGGGGAGACAUUAAUGAGAUAUCCAAAUAUGUUACUCGCGCACGACGUUUGGAUGAAAAGCUCGCGAAUGCUUUGACAAAAAUAGAUCAAUUCAACGAGGAAGAGAGUUCGUUUGGGUGGGAACUGUCCCAGUAUCCCAAGAGAAAAGCUGUUUAUGACAGGCUCGUACCCUUCAAGAAACUCUUUGACGCUGGAUAUGACUUUUUGGAAAGAUAUAAUAAUUGGAUGUCUUCCAAGGUCGGAAGCUUCGACCCUGAAGAUAUAGAGGGCGAUGUUAGUUACUAUUACAAAAUAGUUUAUAAAUUAGAGAAAUCCUUCCAAGAGGUCCCUGAUACAUACCGACUGGCUCAGUCGGUCAGAGAAAAAAUGGAAGAAUUUAAGACUCACAUGCCAAUCAUCCAAACACUCGGAAAUCCUGGUAUGAAAGCGAGACAUUGGGAGAAGGUUUCGGAAAUCGUUGGAUUCCCUAUAGUAGUUGAUGACGAACUAUCAUUGGAGAAGGUCAUUGACUUUAACCUGGACGAUUAUAUAGAGAAGUUUGAGAACAUAUCGGAAGCUGCAACCAAAGAAAAUAAUCUGGAGAAGGCUCUCGAUAAGAUGAUCAAGGAAUGGGCUGAACUUAAAUUCGAGAUUUUACCAUACAAGGAUACAGGAACUUACAUUUUAUCAAGUGUCGACGAAAUUCAAUUGUUAUUGGACGACCACAUUGUGAAAACACAGACUAUGAAGAACUCACCGUAUAUUAAACCAUUCGAAGAAAUCAUUAUCGACUGGGAGGGUAAGCUCGUCUUACUACAAGAGAUCUUAGACGAAUGGUUGAAGGUUCAAGCUACCUGGAUGUACUUAGAGCCCAUCUUCUCUUCUCCUGACAUUCAACAGCAAAUACCCGAAGAAGGACGAAGAUUCAGCGCAGUUGAUAAGAUGUGGAAGGAAAUAAUGAAAGUUGCGUAUGCGGAGCCGCGCGUUCUUGAUGUGAUCACUAUAGAGAAAAUGCUGGACAGAUUAAAGAAGUCCAACAAUCUACUGGAGAUGGUACAACGUGGACUGAACGCGUAUCUGGAGAAGAAACGUUUAUAUUUCCCAAGAUUCUUCUUCUUGUCCAAUGAUGAACUACUCGAGAUUCUUUCUGAGACUAAAGAUCCUAUGCGAGUACAACCUCAUCUCAAGAAGUGCUUCGAAGGUAUUGCUAAGCUUAACUUUACUGAGGAUCUGGUGGUAACUCACAUGAAGUCCUCGGAAGGUGAGGUCGUUGAACUCACUAUGACUAUAAACACAGCCGCGGCUAGGGGUCAGGUAGAGAAAUGGCUGUUGGAGCUCGAAGGAUCAAUGAAGGCGUCCGUACAUAACGUUGUAUCUCUUUCUUAUGACGAUUACCUCCAUUGUCCUCGCGAGAAGUGGGUGCUAGUGUGGCCUGGACAAACCGUUCAAUGUAUUGCAAUGACGUUUUGGACAUCCGAAGUAACAGACGCCAUUCACAUAAGCAUACCAGCGAUGAGAGCUUAUUGGGAUAAAUGUAAUUAUCAGAUAUCAAAAAUUGUUGACCUUGUAAGAGGAGAACUCUCCUUACAGAAUCGAAUUACUCUCGGAGCCUUAGUCGUAUUGGAUGUACACGCCAGAGACGUCCUUAUGGAGUUGAUAGAAUUCAACGUUCAAGUUGACAAUGACUUUAACUGGUUGUCACAAAUCAGAUACUAUUGGGAGCACCAAGAAGAGGACAACAGUAUGCAGAUCGCGACUCGUAUGAUAAACUCCCAGCUGAUGUACGGCUACGAGUACCUCGGGAACACGGGCCGCCUCGUGGUCACGCCGCUCACUGACAGAUGCUUCAGAACACUGUUUGGGGCUUUACAUCUUAAUCUGGGUGGUGCUCCUGAAGGACCAGCGGGUACUGGAAAGACGGAAACAACGAAAGACUUAGCGAAAGCUGUGGCUAAACAAUGUGUCGUGUUUAACUGCUCGGAUGGUUUAGAUUAUCUGGCUCUUGGUAAAUUCUUUAAGGGCUUAGCAUCUUGUGGUGCUUGGUCUUGCUUUGACGAAUUCAACAGAAUCGAUCUCGAAGUGCUUUCUGUUGUGGCGCAACAAAUUCUGUCAAUCCAACGAGGAAUCAAUUCAGGUGCCACGGAGUUACUAUUUGAGGGAACAUUAUUAAACUUAGACAAGUCUUGUGCUGUUUUUAUCACAAUGAAUCCCGGGUAUGCUGGCAGAUCAGAACUACCGGAUAACUUGAAGGCUUUAUUCCGAUCUGUGGCUAUGAUGGUGCCAGACUACGUCCUUAUCUCGGAGAUCGAGCUUUACGCCUUUGGAUACUUGAAUGCCAAACCACUGGCAGUCAAGAUUGUUGCAACAUACAAAUUAUGUUCAGAGCAGCUCUCAUCACAGAGUCAUUACGAUUAUGGUAUGCGAGCCGUAAAAUCCGUGUUACGAGCGGCGGGUGCAUUAAAGCUGCGUUAUCCCGGUGAACUUGAGGAUAUCAUUUUAUUGAGAUCCAUUAAAGACGUCAAUUUGCCUAAGUUCCUUGAACAUGAUGUGCCAUUGUUUAUGGGCAUUAUCGGAGAUCUGUUCCCUGGUCUCCCGCUUCCUCAGCCAGGUCUGCCACAUUUAGUCGCGUGUCUCAAGGAAGUUUGUGUGCCACUUAACUUACAAGCGAAUGAGUUCUUCAUUGAAAAGGUUUUACAAUUAUAUGAAAUGAUUUUGGUGAGACACGGUUUGAUGUUGGUCGGUUUUCCAUUUUCAAGUAAAACUAAAUGUUAUCACGCUCUUGGACAUGCUUUGGGAAUGGUAUCGGAAAAAGGACUAAUGGAAGAAAACGCCGUGGAAUGGACAGUGAUCAAUCCAAAGUCAAUUACAAUGGGACAGCUUUACGGUCAGUUCGAUCCAGUGUCUCACGAGUGGUCGGACGGUAUACUCGCUGUAUCCUAUCGAGCAUUCGCUGUCUCAACUAAUGAUAACAGAAAGUGGUUAGUAUUCGAUGGACCAGUGGAUGCGAUCUGGAUAGAGAACCUAAAUACGGUGUUGGAUGACAACAAGAAGCUCUGUCUCAUGAGUGGAGAAAUCAUCCAACUUGCGCCCACCACUAACCUUAUAUUUGAACCAAUGGACUUGGAAGCUGCUUCACCAGCUACUGUAUCUCGUUGUGGUAUGAUUUAUCUGGAGCCCAAGGGCUUGGGCUGGAAAUGUUUAUUGGAGUCUUGGUUGAAUACAUUACCUUCUACCCUGCACGGGUUCAAUCGUAACUACAUUCGUAUACUGUUCAAUCGUUUCAUGUCACCGUUACUUUGGCUGGUUGAACUCUCUGGUAAAGUUAAGCAAAUGUAUGUAACUUCACGCACUAAUUUGGUUUGGUCAUGUAUGAAUCUUUUUGAUACUUUUAUGGAUGAUUUCUAUGAUGAAAAAUAUAUGGAAACUUUAUCGGAUCUUGACAUAAGAGCGCAGCUUGAGGGAGUGUUCUUUUUUUCUACUAUCUGGUCUAUUGGAGCUACUAUAGACAGUGACGGGCGUCCGAAAUUUGAUAUGUUGUUUAGGGGUAUGCUCGAAAAAGAAUUUCCCGAGAAGGUUUUACAAGUAUUGGGUUAUCCAAAGGAAAUUCCCAAACCUGAAAAGCAAUACAUAUUUACCAUCCCAAAAGAAGCGACAGUUUAUGAUUACCGUUUUAUCAAGGAGGGUAAAGGUAAAUGGAAGCCAUGGCAGGAUGAUGUAGUGUCCGCACCGCCCAUCAGUCGUGACACUCCUCCCAACCAGAUUCUGGUGACGACCUUGGACAGCGUGCGGUACCUGGCGCUGUUCAGGCUCCUCGUGACACAUCAUAAGGCAGUCAUGAUGGUUGGACCGACCGGCACUGGGAAAUCUUCAUAUAUAAUUGAUUAUUUAGUUAAACGCGUUGACACUAAAGUAUACAAGGCCCUCAUAAUGGCGUUCUCAGCUCAAACAAACUGUAAUCAAACGCAAGAUAUUAUCAUGGGUAAAUUGGAUAAAAGAAGAAAAGGUGUAUUUGGGCCACCAAUCGGAUGUUACUGCGUCGUUUUUGUGGACGACGUGAGCAUGCCGCAGGCGGAGACGUACGGGGCUCAGCCUCCUAUAGAGGUGCUGAGGCAGGGCAUUGACCUUGGACUGUGGUACGACAGAAAGACCAAUGUGGCCAUGCAUCUUACUGAUGUACAGUUCAUGUGCGCAAUGGGAAAGCCAACGCCAGGAGCUAAACUCGUCACACCAAGAUUCUCGCGGCAUUUUUCGUUUUUCUGUAUCGAUGAGUUCGACGAUGAAACUCUUAAAGUAAUAUUUGGCAGGAUCAUGCUGUGGCAUCUGGACACAAGAGGGUUUUCUAAAGAUUUCGAUCCUUGUAUAGAAGAAAUAGUAUCAGCGACAUUGGAAGUAUACAAGCAAUGCAGACUAAACUUGCUACCUACACCCUCAAAAUCUCACUACACUUUUAAUCUGAGAGACUUCUCAAAAGUGAUUUUGGGCGUAUUGCUGUCCGUGCCAGAAGUGACUCCAGACUUGCAAUCGAUUAAACGUCUGUGGGUGCACGAAUGUCUGCGCGUGUUCUCGGACCGACUAACCGAAGACGCGGACAGGAGUUGGCUCGUGAAGUGUUUGAGAGAAGCCACUCAUUUACAUCUCAACGACGAAUUCGACAAAUUACUCUCACGAUUGCUAGAUGGACCAGAUGAUACGAUAACAGAUUUACAUUUACGUAAACUGAUCUACUGUGACUUUGCAAAUCCGAAAGUGGAUACGCGCUUUUACAUGGAGACCACUAACAUGGAGCAUUUGAAUUCGACGGUUGAUGCUUUCCUCGUCGAAUUCAACAACAUGUCCAAGAAGCCAAUGAAUUUGGUACUUUUCAGGUUCGCUAUAGAGCACGUGUCUCGUAUAUGUCGUGUUCUAACUCAGCCUCGUUCUCACGCCCUGCUCGUGGGUCUGGGAGGCUCCGGGCGACAAUCACUCACUCGCCUCGCCGCACACAUCAAUGAGUACGAUCUCUUCCAGGUCGAAAUGAGUCGAACUUAUGGAAAAACUGAAUGGCGAGAAGAUUUAAAAACUUUAUUGAGAAAAUCCAGUACACCGGAUUUGCACAUGGUGUUUUUGUUUAUUGAAUCGCAGAUAAAAGAGGAAGGUUUUCUGGAGGACGUCAAUAAUAUGUUGAAUUCUGGGGAAGUUCCAAACAUUUUCGUUGCAGAUGAGAAAGCAGAGUUAUGUGAGAAGAUGAGAGUGAUCGACCGACAACGUGAUAAAUCUCUCCAAACAGACGGUAGCCCAACUGCGCUGUACGCGUACUUCGUUUCCAUUGUUCGUGACCAGUUACACAUUGUACUAGCGAUGUCUCCUGCCGGAACAUCCCUCAGAACUCGUAUCAGGAAAUUCCCUUCACUUGUCAAUUGUUGCACUAUUGACUGGUUCCAGGAAUGGCCUCCCGACGCUCUGCUAGCUGUAGCAACUCGCUUUUUGAAAGACGUCGAGCUAACAGACCUGGAGAGAGAUACUGCUAUCAAACUUUGUCAAAUGUUCCACACUGACACCCAAGAAUUGACGAGACAAUUCUUAUUACGACUGAAAAGAUACAAUUACGUCACACCAACCGCCUAUCUGGAAUUGAUUAAUAUGUUUAAAUCUUUGUUAGCAAAAAAGAGAACCGAGCUCUUAACUGGAGAAAAACGUUACAUUACGGGUUUGGACCAGCUGGCUAUAGCUGCUAAGUCGGUAGCAGCUCUACAACAGGCCUUGGAAGUGUUACAACCAAAGUUAGCUGCUGGAGCCGCCGCCGUUGCUGAGACCACGGCCAAGGUGGAGAAAGAAAAGGAGGGAGUAGCUCUGGUUGAAGCUGAAGUAUUAGUAGAUCAAGCGGCAGCAGAAGAACAGGCACAAGAAGCUCAAGCUAUCAAGGACGAGUGCGACGCGGACUUGGCGGAAGCGAUGCCGAUCUUAAACGCGGCGCUGGCGGCCUUGGACACUCUCACUCCGCAAGACAUCACGUUCAUCAAAACUAUGAAGAGUCCGCCUCGAGGCAUUAGGUUGGUCAUGGAGGCCAUCUGUAUAUUGAAGGAAGUCAAACCUGAUAAAAUACCAAAUCCAUCGGGAGUUGGUACCAUCGAAGAUUUUUGGGGUCCUUCGAAGAAGAUUCUUAAUGAUAUAAAGUUCUUGGAGUCACUUCAGAACUAUGAUAAGGAUAACAUUCCUCCUCCAGUCAUGAAGAAGCUUAUGAAUACAGUGAUGCAAGAUGAUGGGUUUGUUCCUGAAAAAAUUAGGGCUGUUUCGGUUGCUGCUGAAGGCAUGUGCAAGUGGGUGAUUGCGAUGACAAAGUACGAUAAGGUGGCAAAGGUGGUCGCGCCUAAAAAGCAACGUUUAGCAGCCGCUCAGGCAGUUUACGAUAAGGCCAUGGCAGCGCUCGCCAUCAAGCAAGCACAGCUAAGGGAGGUCCAAGAAAAAUUAGCGAAAUUAGAAGCAGCGUUGUCGGAGCAAAAUCGGCAGCAACGAAUAUUGGACGAUGAAGUUAUGGACUGUAGCAACAAACUGAAGAGAGCCGAGAUGUUGAUAUCUGGCCUCGGGGGAGAGAAGAAUCGAUGGACACAAAUUGCGAAACAACUUCGUGAAACAUACAACUCACUCACCGGUGAUAUUUUAAUAGCCGCUGGAAUCAUUGCAUAUCUUGGUCCCUUUACUGCAGCGUUUAGAAAUGAUCAGGUACAGAAAUGGGCCCAGGCCUGUCAUGACUGCGGCAUCGUGUGCACCUUAAAGUUCAGUCUGAUCAAGUCUCUGGGUGAGCCGGUUACCAUUCAGCAGUGGAAUAUUGACGGAUUACCUGCUGAUGACUUCAGUGUUGAAAGCGCCAUCAUUAUCAUGACAGCCCGACGAUGGCCUCUGAUGAUAGAUCCUCAAGGACAAGCUAACCGUUGGAUCAAAAAUAUGGAGAAACCGAAUAACUUGAGCGUAGUUCGUAUGACACAGGCAGACUUAGGACGCGUCUUAGAAAAUGCCGUGCAGUUCGGUCAACCGGUAUUGCUUGAGAAUGUAUUAGAAGAACUGGAUCCAAUGUUGGAACCGUUACUGCAGCAACAAACUUUUAGACAAGGAGGUGCCCUGUGUAUCAAGAUCGGAGAUACUAUUGUUGAAUACAGCAAAGAUUUUAAACUUUAUAUAAGCACGAAACUAGCGAAUCCUCAUUACUUACCGGAGGUUGGAGUUCGUGUAACCUUAGUAAACUUCAUGCUCGCAAAAGAUGGUUUACAAGCACAACUAUUAGCGAGAGUUGUAGCUCGUGAGAGACCGGACCUGCAGCAAGCUAAAGCCGAUUUAACGACUCAAGGAGCUGAACACAGGAGACUACUUCAGGAAAUUGAAAAGAAAAUUCUAAACGUAUUAUCCACCUCUGAACAUCUGCUCGAAGAUGAAGAAGCGGUUCAGAUCCUGAACUCUGCCAAAGAUAUGUCAAACGAGAUAAAAGAAAAGCAAGUUAUUGCGACGGCCACAGAAAAGGAAAUUGACGAAGCCAGAGACAACUAUGUGCCUAUAGCAGUACAUUCCACAAAUCUUUUCUUCCUUAUUGCAUCACUGGCAAACAUCGAUCCUAUGUACCAAUAUUCUUUGGGAUGGUUUGAGGGUCUGUUCACAGCUUCUAUUGACAACACGGAAAAAGUGGAAGAAAUUCCAGAAAGAUUGGAGAUAUUAAGAGCUCAUUUCACAUACUCACUGUAUGCAAAUAUAUGUAGAAGUCUGUUUGAAAAGGACAAGUUGGUGUUCUCAUUAUUAUUAACGGUGACGAUAAUGGUGGCGGAGGACCGCCUGUCUCAAGUCAACGUGAUGUUUCUGUUGGCGGGCGCGCAGCCGAGGCACGUGGUACCCAACCCUGUGAGUUUUCUCAGUCCACAAAACUGGUCUGACUUGAACGAGAUUGAGAAGUUCGACGGCAUUCUUGACCACUUUUUAGCAAACACGAGUAAAUGGGAGGCCUACUGCAAUAGACCCGACCCUCAAAACCAGCCUUUACCAGCGCCUUACAAUACUCAGUUGGACAUGUUUGAGAAAAUAAUGGUGUUACGUUGUAUGCGAUUGGACAUGAUGGUGCCUGCGGUUCAAAAUUUUGUAGAAGCUCAAAUGGGUCGUCAGUUUGUAGAGCCCCCGCUCUUUGACCUUGCCUCGUCUUACGGAGACUCCCAUUGUUGUAUCCCACUCCUUUUUGUUCUAACUCCGGGAUCAGACCCUAUGGGUACAUUACUCAAAUUUGCUGACGAUCAGGGUUUCGGUUCUUCGCGUCUAUUUUCGUUAUCUCUGGGCCAAGGUCAAGGUCCAAUCGCUGUUAAAUUAAUCGAUGAGGGCGUCAGAAGUGGUACUUGGGUGGUGUUACAGAACUGUCACUUGGCUAAGAGCUGGAUGCCAAUGUUGGAGAAGAUUUGUGAAGGUUUGACGCCAGACUCGACCCACCCGGACUUUAGGUUGUGGUUAACUUCAUAUCCAGCUGAUCAUUUCCCCGUCUAUGUUCUUCAGAAUGGUGUCAAAAUGACCAACGAACCGCCUCAAGGUUUACGAGCAAACAUAGCCCGGUCGUAUCAAAGCGAUCCCAUCAAUGACUUGGAGUGGUUCGAAGGAAAUAAACAACCGGAGAUCUUCAAGAAACUGUUGUUUUCACUUUGCUUCUUCCACGCGGUUGUUCAAGAACGAAGACAGUUCGGACCUCUCGGGUGGAACAUUCGAUACGAGUUCAACGAAACUGAUCUCCGCAUCAGCGUCACUCAAUUGUACAUGUUCCUUAAUGAAUACGAUGAUGUUCAAUUCGUAGCUCUGAGGUAUUUAACAGGAGAAUGUAACUAUGGAGGAAGAGUGACGGAUGACUGGGACCGGCGCUGUCUUAACACCAUACUGUACAAGUUCUAUAAUACAAGGGCUAUAGAAGAAGAGAAAUACCCCUUGGACCCCACCGGUGUAUAUCAUAUCCCGACUCUCCGUGAACACAGUGACUUCAUCAAUUUCGCUCGUUCUUUGCCCGUGGCGACUCCUCCUAGUGUUUUCGGUUUCCAUCCCAACGCUGACAUCACUAAGCAUUUCCGUGAGGCAGAAGAAUUACUUAGCACUGGUGUACUUACUCAGGAUACAAUGGCUGCGGGCGGCGGGGGCGCUACUCCGGAACAGCAGGCUAUGGCGAUAGCUGAGGAUAUACUCUCGCGACUCCCAACGAGCAUACUAAGGGGUCCUUCACACGAGGGGGACAUCAAGCCGGCUGAUAUGACGCCCAUGUCCAUCGUUGUAAUACAAGAAGCAGCUCGAUAUGAGAGACUCGUGAACGUGGUGAGGAGCAGCUCCAGGGCCGUCAUCGGAGCUGUUCAAGGUAUCAGUGUUCUGAACGAUAUAACAGAAGAGGUUCUCACUAGUAUGGUCCGCGGCCGCAUACCCGCUCUGUGGCAGGGAAAGAGUUACCCUUCCCUAAAACCACUGGCUGGGUACUUUAACGACCUCCUCGCUAGACUGGAGUUCUUACAGCACUGGCAUCAAUACGGGCCGCCUGUAGUGUUCUGGUUGUCCGGGUUUUACUUCCCACAAGCCUUCCUUACAGCAGCUCAACAGAGUUACGCCAGAAAAUACAAGAUACCUAUUGACCAAUUGGCAUUUCAUUAUGAGGUACAACGGACCACUCACCUGGAGACACCUCCGCCUGAAGGUGUUUAUAUCCGAGGGUUAUUCAUGGAAGGUGCUCGUUGGAAUAACGAAGACUACUAUGUAGAUGAGUCCUACCCGAAAGUACUCUACGACGACUUUCCGCCGGUGUGGUUGAUACCAUUGAAGAGAGAGGACGUACCGACGGACGUGUUCUACAACUGUCCGUUAUAUAAGACGGGUGACCGGCGCGGUGUCCUGUCCACUACGGGUCACUCCACCAACUACAUCUUGUUCAUGAGACUGCCGACCUCGCAGCCGCCCGACCACUGGAUCAUGAGGGGCGUCGCGCUACUCACACAACUACCCUUCUAA